AUGAAACCGCUGAUAAAUAUUUUUUCGAAGAAGAAGGUCAAACUUCAAGGCCAAGUUUACGAAUGCCCGGAAAUGGACGAAACUUUCUUCUUCGAUUUGAAAGCAACUCCUCAUGUCUUCAAAGGAGAAAAUCGAAAUGAUUUUAUGUCCUUCAAGUUCGAUCCUAACAUUCGAAUGUUCACCGGAAUAGUUAGAUGGCAAUUGCCGCAUAAUGAUAGAAUCGCUGAAAGCUGGUUCCAGUUUAAAUUUACGGAAGAUUACCAAAGCGUUGAGAAUGUUCAGCGCAAAAAUUACGAUACGGCGAAGCAACAAGUAGAUGCCGUUUGGAAGAAUAAGAAUCUUAUGUAUGAAUAUAUUCAGCCUAAAACGAAUAAGAACGAAAAAUGGCGAACCUUUGAUAUUUCGCUCGAAGAAUGUCCGACCAUUAGUGGAAUUCCGAGGGUCUUAUACAUUUGCUGUUCUGCGAUUGAACGUCGCCCAGAAAAAUCGUUGGGUGUUUAUCGUGCUCCUGGCAAUCGACAGCUGCAGGAGCGCCUUAUCAAAGUCCUAAACAACAAGCGCCACAAAACACAAAGCAUAAAAGAGCAUGUAAAUGCCUGCGACUCCCAAACCCUAGCUUCCUUGGUGAUCGACUUCAUCCGCCGACUUCCGCAGCCAGUCCUGUCCGAUGAAUUCCUCGAAGACUGCCGAGAAAUCGUCGCGAUGGAAGACGACAUCGAGCAAAUUCGAAACUUCAGGAACCGGCUUCUUCCUUCAUUUUUGAUAAGAAAGACUUCCUACUUCUAUUCGAUAAGAGAUUAG